GUUUCAAACGUGUACGCUGUAAGAUUUUUGUUUGUAAAUUCUGCUCGAGAUUUUUAAAAAUCCUUAUGAUAUAAUAAUAUCCCAUCAAAUGGUGAUUGGAAGAGUGAGGACUAUAAAAUGAAUUAAUUGGGAGCAUAAUUUUGAACAACAUAACCGGUUACGUAUGUGCAUUUAAUCUACAACAGCUUCAGAUUUACGGCAAAUGUAAGUUGUUUAGUUGGCACAUACUUUAAAUCUGUGUUUAUGUUCUUUAAUGCUGCCGGAAAAUAUUAGUGCUAAGUCACAAUGUAUAAUAGGGUUAACGUGAAAUAACCUCCCUAUGAAUUAUUACUUUAAUAGGAUUUGAUUCAUUUUGGACUAGAAAUGUUGAAGCUUUCGAUCGUAGCUCCAUUUUUCUUCUCGUUAUUGACAAGGUUCUUUCGCAAAAUUUUCUGUGUGAACGACAUAGUUUACCCCUGUUAUAUGAAAAUCAUUGAAGUUUAGGAUCUUUUCAACGCUCUGCAUGAAGCUUAAAACCACCGGGAUUAUCAAUACGAAAUGAACUUUAAAAGUCUCCUGAUUGAAAAUCUUCAGUUUUAAAACUAACGUAAAUACUAUUUGUAUAAAUAUGAACCGAACGCCUAAAGAACGUCUAGAGGACUUAUUUCGUUCUGCUGAAGAUUUCACUAUAGUACAAAACAUUGAUGUUAGUCAUUAUGCACGGUUCAUAAGAUCGAUGUUUCGUUUAUCUGUUCAAUAUUCAGAAGCAGACCAAAAAGAAAAAGCUUAUAUACUAUGCUUAAGAGCUGUACUGUGCAUUCGGGAACUUCCUACUCAUAAGGGCUAUCCAAAAUUAAAUCCACGUGUUCAAGGUGAGCUGAAAAAUCUUGGAAAACUAUUGCUAAAGUCCGCUGAAAUUUUAAAAGAUGAUUUGAAGAAAAAGUAUGCGGAAGAAUACAACAUUCACAAUAAAUCAGAUACAACUGAGUUCAAAAAUGAUGCUAAUGGUGGAGUAGGAACAUAUCUUAACCAUGAUUCUGAUUCUUCUGGAAAUUCAUCUUCAUGUAAUGGAACAUCGAGUUCACAGUGUAAUACAGCUAUCAAUUCUAUCCUUGAUCAUUCUAAGAAACCUUUUUACAACUAUACAGCGCACUGUAAUCUAACCAAAACAUAUUUAUCACGACACCUAAUAAGUGACUUUUUAACUCUAGCUUCUAAAAACACAAGAGAAAAUCGCGAAACAUGUGGUACUCUUUGUGGUAGACUAAUUGACGGUAAUUUCUACAUUACACAUCUUUUAAUCCCAAAACAAAGUGGCACUUCAGACUCAUGUGUUACGUAUAAAGAAGAAGAAGUAUUUGAAUAUUUGGAUAGCAGACAGUUAAUCACAUUGGGUUGGAUCCAUACACAUCCUACACAAACUGCAUUUUUGUCAGCUGUGGAUUUACACUGUCAGCUUUCAUACCAGGCUAUGCUUCCAGAAGCUAUUGCCAUCGUGUGUGCUCCCAAGUUUGAUGAUAUCAAAUGUUUCUCUCUAACCUCUGAUCAUGGUAUUUCAUUUUUGUCAAAGUGCAAACUAACCGGUUUUCACCCACAUUCUACAGAUCUCCCAUUAUACGAACAAAGCCAACAUGUGAUAUUUGAUGAUACUGUUGAACAUUUUUCCGAAGAUCUCCGAUAGUAUAUCUGUUGCAAUGUACAAAAGAAACUAUCUUUUUUGUUAUCAUACUUUUAAUUUGUGCUGACUUAUUGAAAGUAACAAUCUACGACCUAUAAUCAUUUAAUAAUGAUAUUUUCGUCUAUUUUUGUAUAUUUCAAUGUUUAAAAAUCUGUAUUUGUGACAAAGAAUACUUCGAUUUUAGCUAUGUCAAGCAUUUUAAACUCGUAUUAUAAGUAGUUCACUUCAGGACUCACCUUUAAGAUGAGAUUUCCUCACUUCUAAUUCUACUUUAUAUUUGUAGUCAUAUUGGAAAGAAAAUGCUAAGAGUAACAUAUUGCAAAAUGAAGUGGUCAUUGAUCUCUAGUCAUUGUCAAGUCAGCCUUUUGGUGUCCAUGUAACAACUGAAAUAGGUAGUGAGAAACUGGGUUUUCGGUGCAAAAGGCUGACUAAAAUGACACACUAUCUUGGUCUUUCUUGAAGUAAAUAGCUUACUAGCCGUUGUUUCACCUUGGAGACUUUGCAAACUGUUCCACUUCAGCCUGCAAAAUUAGCAUAGGUAGAACGCCGGCACACUUCCAGUCAGCAGUACAACUUCACUUUCAGACACUUUACUGUAUAUCGAAUCCUGAUAGUUUUUAACUUUCAUUAUUUUACCAAUAUUUCCA